AUGAUCGCUGUUCAUCUUGUAGGCCCAACAUCUAUAGGGGAGCCCCUCACAGAGCUGAAGGAGCUGGACCAGUCCGAGUUUUACUCCUUCAUUGAGGAGCAUUCGCAGGAUCGUCUGGUAGUGGUCGACUUCUACACUGCAUGGUGCGGACCGUGCAAACUCAUCCAGCCCACGCUUGUGGAGUGGGCAAACGAGUUUGCAGGCGAGGUGGAGCUUGUCAGGUUUGAGUGCAAGAAGGAAAACAAGGAGAUUGGGUCCAAGCUUGGGAUCAAAGUGGCGCCCACGUUUUUCCUGUACAAGAAAGGAGAGAAGGUUGCGUCUCUGACAGGUGCAAAGACGGAUGAGCUGCGCAAGCUGAUCGAGACGCAUAAGUGA